AUGCUUUCGCGCGCGGCGCAACGUGCGGCAAAGGCCCCAAUUGCCCACUUCAGCACUUCUGCUCGCUCUCUAGCUAAAUCUAGCCGCUUUGUUCCUGCCGGUGCAAAGCCACCAAAGCAGACUCCUGCUACUCGUCCACCUCCCGCCGCUUCUGCCCGUCAAACGUCACCGGGCACCAGCCUCCCCAAGGACAAGACAUGGAAACCCACAGAUAGCAUCAAGUUCGCUGCUCCUGCUGCUGCCGCCGCUGCUUCGCAAGCCAGUGGUCAGCCUGUCCGCCCUGCUGCCGACGGUCCCGUAGCACCUGAUGCUUCUGCCAACACGGAGGCCACACCCUCCGCAAACACGGCCCCUACAGAGCAGCCUGGUCCAAAUGCCACUGCCACACCCUCUAGUCAAGCCUCCGAGGCCAGCAACCCUGCCUUCUCAGGCCCUCAGUCUGCCGAUGCCAACACAGCCCCCUCGGAGCAGCCCGACGAGUCUCAGCCGAAGGGCCCUCUGCCCGACUUGCGCCAGGGCAUUCCCUCAACUUUCGACUUCGAGUUCAUGAAGAAGGACGCGAGCACAAAGAACCCUACCGAGCAAAAUGUCACCGGCGAAGAGACUCCCGAGUCAAAUGCCGAGGCUGCAGGCUUCGGUGGCAGACGUGGUGCUGAGGGUGAGGAUGAGCAAUACCGUCGCGAGGACUACGAGACAUCGUUUGACAAGCGUCGCGCCAGAAUGGCAAACUACGGCUACCUUUCUCUGUUGGCCUUCGCUGCUGCCGGUACCGCCUACUUCACCAGACCCUACGGAGCUGAUGAGACUCCUCAGGGCCUUGAGCCCGAGCACAUUACUGGUUGGGCUCCCCAGAGCAUGUACGCCCGUGUCAAGAACCGCAUGAGCAGCCAAGCCGCAUACUACACCGAGCCCACCUUCCAGAAGCUGUUGCCCGAAGUCCCAGAAACCCAGCGUCCUCCUUUCACCCUUGUACUGUCCCUCGAGGACUUGCUCAUCCACAGCGAAUGGUCUCGUGAGCACGGAUGGCGUACUGCUAAGCGUCCUGGUGUUGACUACUUCCUGAAGUAUUUGAGUCAGUACUACGAAUUGGUCCUCUUCACCUCGGUCCCAGUCGCAAUGGCCGAUCCCGUCAUCAAGAAGCUCGACCCCUUCCACAUCAUUCAAUGGCCCCUGUUCCGUGAAGCUACCAAGUACGAGAAUGGCGAGUAUGUCAAGGAUCUGAACUACCUCAACCGUCCUCUUGACAAGGUCAUCAUGAUCGACACAAAGGCUGCACAUGUCAAGAAUAACCCCAACAACGCUAUUGUCCUGCCAAAGUGGGAGGGCAAGCCUUCGGACCCCCACGCCAAAGACCUCGUCUCCUUGAUUCCUUUCCUAGAGUACGUUGCAACUAUGGGUGUUGAGGAUACCCGCAAGGUCCUCGAAUCUUUCGCCAACACCGACAUUCCCCUCGAGUUCGCCGCUCGUGAAGCCAAAGCCCGUGAGGCGUUCCAGAAGCAGCUCGCAGAUGAGCAGUCUCGCCGUCCUCAACGUUCCAUCGGUGGCCUCCUCAACAAAGCCCUUGGUAUCAAGGCUCAGCCCGGCGGUCUCUCGUUAGAUAAUGAGACCACUGUCGCCGAGGGUCUUUCCCAAGGCAAGAUGCUUUCCGACCAAAUCCGUGAGCGCGGCCAACGCGAAUACCAACGUCUCGAAGCCGAAAUUCAAAAGAACGGCGAGAAGUGGCUCAAGGAAAUGGAAGAGGAAGAGAAGAAAUUCAUGGAAAACAUGUCCAAGGACAUGAAAAAGAGUUGGUUCGGUUGGGGUUCAGCAUCAGGAGCUCCCGCAGCCUCCGAGACUGCCAAGAGACAAGAGUAG